AUGGCACCAUCACUCAGUGGUAUAGAUCUUGUUAGUAUUAUUACUUUCACUCUAAUUAUUGUUCUUGCACUUAUUUAUUCAAUUCCAAUCAUAUGUAUUCGUCGUUUUCAUCGCAAUAAUCAUAUGCUAACGCUGAAUAUAUGUUUUGCAACAAUAUUUUGCGGUCUAUCUUGGUUUUCUCUUGAUGCAGUGGCUCUACUUAUCGGUCGAGAUGGAAAUAUUAGUUUAUUUGCUAUUUUUAAUAUGAUUACAUUCGCUUUUACUAUUCAAGUGCCAUUUAGUUUUGUAGUAGCAUCCAUUCAUCGUUGUUGUUCUAUAAUUUAUCAUGCAAAGGCUUUUUUCAAAACAAGACAAUGGAUUGCAUUAUGUAUUGGAAGUCAAUGGCUGUUGUGCUUGGUUUUGUCGUUACCAAAUUAUAUAUCUAUUAACACGCGUAUUCAAUAUUCAAUAUGGUUAGCAGUUUUCAACUUGAUAGGUAUUGCAAUAAUUCCAUCGGCCAUCAGUUUUAUUACAAAUAUGUUGAUCUAUUAUCAUGUUCGGGUUUCGUCUCGCCGUGUUCAAUCAGAAACGAGUAAUACUCGUGAAAUUCAUGGAAUCAAAAUCAGUCGUCGUGAUUUGUAUUUGCUGAGACACAUGGUUUUGAUGUUUUGCAUAUUUCUUGGAGGAUGGACUCCACUAUUUAUAAUACCAAUCGUUCAUCAUUUUACGCCUGUUAUUUACCAUGUGAAAAUCUUUCUAAGAAAAAAACGAUGGGUUUUAUUAUGUAUCGCAAGUCAAUGGACUUUGGGUUUUACUUUAUCUCUACUGAAUGUAUUAUGUAUUGAAAUGUUUUGUGGUCGAUUUGUAUGGCUUCAAAUUCAUAAUUUGAUAACCAUUGUAAUAAUUCCAUCAAUUCUGAACUUGCUUAUAAAUAUUCUUAUUUAUAAUUAUGUUUGGGCGUCAUCAAAUCGUAUUCAGCCACAAAUGAUUCCCGGAAAUGUUCAACGAACAAAAUUUAGUCGUCGGGAUAUGAAAUUAGUAAGACAUAUGAUUUUUAUGUUUUAUAUAUCUGUUGGAGGAUGGACUCCAAUAUAUAUAAUACCAAUUAUUAAUUACUACUCAGUGGUUAAUACGAUGAUAUCUUUAAGUUUAACAAUUCUGUGUAAAUUAACAUCGUUUAUCAUUAUUAUUGAUUUAUUUUUAUAUAAUCAUGACUUAAGAAAAUAUUUUAAACGUAGUUACCUAAAAUUUGUUAGUAAACUCUAA